CAAUGUCUCACCAGGACGAUCUGAGAGAAGUGACAGUGACCCAGACCCAUAACAGUUGGCCGCCGGAGCAGCCCCAAGGAUCGAGCCAGUGCAAUUGCCAGUGUCAGCGCCGCCUGCUCGUAGCCGUCCUUGCCUCUGUACUCCUACUCUUCAUCACCAUCGCCGGCCUUCUCUGUGCCUUUUGCCUCUUUAUUUAUCCUAAGAUGUCUACAGAGACCAGAGUCGUCAAAGACAAAUAUGCCGCGCAGCUGUUAGCACAAGUUGAUUACAACCGAAAUGUAACAUGGUUCGCUACCACUGGGCUGGGAAGCAGCUAUCUGGGUUCUGGCUUCGAUUUCAAAAAUCAGGAGCUACACAGCACCAAGGAUGGGAUGUACUAUGUAUAUGCCAAGCUGAAAGUGACAUGCUCUGUUUUAAAUCAAUGCAACAACAGUUCGGCUGUCAAAUUAGAACUCAAGCAUUGCACGGGAAACAAUGACUGUUCCUUAUUAUUGAACAUGGAAGUGAAGAUGCUGCAUGAAGCAGAGGGUGCAUUUGAUCAGUCCAGCACACUAGUCUACAUGACAGCCAAGAGUUGGCUUCAAGCCAAAAUCCACGGUCAUGAGCAGAAUUACGUCACACUGGAUGAUGAACACAUAUAUUUUGGAGCAUUCCUGAUAGAAAGUUAGAUUCUCUCCAAUCAUACAACUGGGCAGCACUUUAACAAACUUCAAGGUUUUGUAUUCUGCAGGAACAACUUAUAUGCAGUUCAAGGACUAUUAAUGCUAUAGGUGCGAGUUAUUUAUUGUUACGUAACUCUCCUCCUACUGUAGACUUGGUUGAUUCAUU